AUGGCUGGCCACGGCAACGUGCUCACUCACCUCCGGGGAGCCGCCAUCUUGACUCCCUGGGUGCUCUGGCUGCUGCUGGCCGACACGGCCAUCUCCCUCCAGUUGCCUCUGAAAUGGUUCGCUCCGGAUUUCGUCUACAACUCGUCCUCGCGCAUCGCCGUCACCGUGUGGUACUGGAUCCAGGUCAUCUUUGAACGUUUCAACGGCGCCAACCUCACAUUUUCCGGCGAUGCAAUUCCGCCCGGCGAGUCGGCCGUUGUGGUCGUCAACCAUGUCGGGUGGGCCGACUUCUACAUGAUCCAGGCUCUUGCCAUCAAGGCCGGCAUGCUGAGCCGAUGCCGUUACUUUGCCAAGAUCCAAUUACGGAUCGUCCCCUUCCUCGGUUGGGGAUUGUGGGCGAUGGGCAUGCCCAUGGUGAGCCGCAACUGGGCCAAGGACAGGCACGAGCUUGACAGGGUGUUUGCUGGCAUCGUGAAUAGACAAUGGCCGACCUGGCUCGUUAGCUUCAGCGAGGCCACUCGCUUCACCAAGAAGAAAUACGAGCAGUCGCUCGUGUGGUGCAAGGAGUCGGGCAAGCCACAGCCCAAGCACCUGCUGUAUCCUCGGACGAAAGGCUUCAUUACCACAGUGCAGCAUCUCAGGAAGGCCCCUCAUGUGAAGGCGGUGUAUGACGUUACAAUUGCCUACCAGAGAGGGAGCGUGUUCAUGGAGGCCCCAAGCAUGUGGGAUACUCUGAGCGUGCCAGGGUUGAGCUCUCGACUGGGCUACAAGUUUCAUGUCCACGUCCGCCGGUUUGCCCUCGAGACUCUGCCGCAAGACGACGAGAAACUGGCCAAGUGGCUCGAGAACCUCUGGGUCGAGAAGGGAGAAUGGCUGGACCUGAAGAAGGCGGAAUGGGAGUCGACAGCAUGA